GAUUUCCAAAAGCUUCGCUGCCAAACCAUUGAACGAAACAAAAUUUUGCCAAAAAAUGGUCAUGAUAUUCUGAAUGAGUUGAAGGCACGUGAUUCGCGCCGAUUAUCAAUAGGAUACGCGAGCAUAGAUGAAUUAUUAGGCGGUGGAUUACAACCUGGUGAUAUUACGGAGAUUAGCGGAGAAUCUACUGCUGGAAAAACCAGG